GUCUUCACCUCACCUUCGUCUGCGAGUCAAGCCGAAGGUGAUGGUGAUGGUGCUGAUAUUCUUGAGAAUAACAGGUGCACCCGGCGUAGAUCCGACCAGACGAAGGUCAAAACAUGCAUUGCGUCAAUUAUCAAUAUGAAGAAGGUUACCCCUCGUGCUAUCGCAUAUAUCGUUUGUCAGGUUCAUUUCGCUCUCUCGAGUAUAACAUCUUGGUGCACAGUGGACGGAGACUUUGAUUAUGAGGCAUUUUGGUGCAAUAUCCUGGACUUUUUCGAAGACGUUCCUGGCCCUGUCACGAGACAUAAGAUCAACAAGCUUCUUGAAUGGUGGACUAGGUAA